CCCACACGCAUGCUUAAAAGGCACUCAGAGACAGGCACUGGCUUCCAAUCGUGUUUGGGUGAGCCAUCCGUCCAGAGCUGAUUGUUCUUUUCUUACUGCAGAUCUCUCGGAAGCAAGUUCAACUUUGAAAACAAACCAAGACAGAUAUGCCACAGAACGUGGUGCUGGAUGGGCCAGCCCCUUGGGGAUUUCGGCUUUCAGGAGGCAAAGAUUUUAACCAGCCGCUGACCAUAACUCGGGUGACACCAGGCAGUAAGGCCGCUCGGGUCAACCUGUGUCCAGGAGACAUCAUCUUGGCCAUCCAGGGAGCGUCCACCGAAGAUAUGACUCAUGCUGAAGCACAGAACAAGAUCAAAGACUCCACCAAUCAGCUUUUCCUCAAGAUAGAGAGGCCAGAAACUAAAAUGUGGUCACCUCAGGUUAUAGAAGAGGGGAAAGUGAACCCAUUCAAAAUCAAUUUGGAGGCAGAGAAGCAAGAGUAUAAACCUAUUGGCACAGGUCAUAACAGAAGAGCACAGCCCUUUGUGGCUGCCGCCAGUUUGGAUGACAAAACGCAGGUGGUGAGCUCCACCUACAACACUCCCAUAGGCCUCUACUCUCAAGAUAAUAUCCAGGACGCCCUGCAAGGACAGAUCCGUGGUCUGGUGCAUGAAAAGCCUGAGGGUGCCAGCACAUCCCAGACGCUGAUGGGAAAUGUAGCUCAGAUGCCUGGCACCCCGUCGGCCGGGUCCAAGGCAACUCUUUCUGCACAGUAUAACUCCCCCAUUGCAUUAUACUCGGCAGACAAUGUCUCAAAUACACUACAGCAGGCUCAGAUGUCCACUGUAGUCAGGCAGGCAGAGCCCAGCCCUAAACCCCUGACGUCCAUUGAAGACUCUCAUGUCUACCGCAUGCUCCAGGAGAAUCAAGAUCAGUCUCACGAACCACGUCAGUCUGGAUCGUUUAAAGCCUUGCAAGACUAUGUGGAGAGUGAUGGAACAAGGCCCAUGGUGACUAGAAGUGUAAAAGCCCCAGUGACAAAACCCCAAGCUGCCACAGCCUCACUGCAGAAGCUGCCUCUCUGUGAUAAAUGUGGCACUGGCAUUGUUGGACCGGUGGUGAAAGCUCGGGACAAGUACCGCCAUCCAGCCUGUUUCGUGUGCUCAGACUGCGGCUUGAACUUGAAGCAGAAGGGCUACUUUUUCGUGGAAGGACAGAUGUACUGUGAAGCCCACGCUCGAAUGCGAAUGGCCCCACCUGAGGGACAUGAUCUAGUUACUGUAUAUCCCACUGCUUAGAGGGACGGACGGUUGAAAUUAGACAACUGGUAUUGUUUGCGCUUAUUGCUUCUUGAUGUUCCGUUACUAAUUUCUUCAUUUUAGUUUAUAAAGACCAAUUUAAAGCUGUAUACAUUUGAAGGAGAAGUCCACUUCCAAAACAAAGAUUCACAUGUAAUGUAUUCACCCCCUUGUCAUCCAAGAUGUUCAUGUCUUUCUUUCUUCAGUCAUAAAGAAAUUGUUUUUUGAGGAAAACAUUUCAGCAUUUUUCUCCAUAUACUGAUUUUGAACUUGCAAACUUGCAGUUGAACUUCCAAAAUGCAGUUUGAAUGUGGCUUCAAACGACCCCAAAUGAGUUUGUAAACGAGCGCAGCUGAGAAAGAAGGGUCUAAUCUAGCGAAACGAUCGGUUAUUUUCAUUAAAAAAAUACAAUUUAAAUACUUUUUAAUCUCAAACGCUCGUCUUGUCUAGCUCUCCCUGAACUCUGUAUAUUCUGACUCAAGACAGUUAGGGUAUGUCGAAAAACUCCAAUCGUAUUUUCAUAGAUCAGACACUCUUAACAAAAUGAUAAAACAGAGAUAUAGGACGAUUUUGAAGUUGAGGGAGAACAUGCGAUGGGAGUUUUUCAGCAUACCCUAACUGUCAUGAACCGGAACAAAACAGGCCAGGCAGAGCAAGACAAGAUGAGUGUUUGAGAUUAAAACGUAAAUAAAUUGUAUUAUUUUUAUGAAAAUAACUUAUCGUUUCUCUAGAUAAGACCCUUCUUCCUCGGCUGGGAUCAUUUACAACUGCAUUUGGGAUUGUUUGAAGCUGCAUUUAAACUGCAUUUUGGAAGUUCAAACUCAGGGCACCAUAGAAGUAUAUGGUUCUCCAAUGCUGAAAUGUUUGCCUCAAAAAACUUUUUCUUUUUGGCUUAAGAAAGAAAGACAUUAACAUCUUGGAUGACAAGGGGGUGAGUACAUUAUAUGUGAAUUUUUGUUCUGGAAGUAGACUUCUCCUUUAAUCUAGAUCUUGUUAAAAAGCUGUUAGUUAACUCUCCCAUUUCUCACAUAUUAGGCUUCUGUGCAGAGCAAAUACUGAAUUUAAACAAAACUAAUAGUUUUCAGUUAGUCUCAAAAUAUGAAAAAAGGUCAUUUUGCUUUUACUACAGGUUCAAGUAUGCCAUCAUCUAUGUACAAAUUAUUUGGUAAUACACACAAACUGUUUCAUGAUGAGUCAUUUGCACAGUAAAACAAAUAAAAAUGCAAUGCAAUUUGUUUCCCAAUACAGUUUUUUAAACACUUUGUUUA